CCCCUGUACUGUGUACUUGCUCAAUAUAUCUGUCGCUAUUUGACAGUACAGAAGAGCCUCUGUUUCUUAACGGCUUUCUAUAAUGUAGCCUACCUCCGCAGAACGCUCGAGACUGGGCAGACGGGACUCGUCAGUUGUGUUUGGGAAGUUUAUAUUUUCUUCCAACAGAUGCGCAUUUUUGUUUUUUUUGUUUUGGACCUCAAUCAUUACACGGUGUUCUCGUUUUAAGAUUCGCCAAUACACCGGUCUUCGAUUGCGGUGGUCACGGUCACCCUAAAGGAAGGGUCUGUGAGCUGGGAUUCUCUCCUUCUACUCCCUCUCACACACAAACACUCCCUCGCAUAGACACUCUGCAGAAUGAGGGAAGCCUGGAGGUGCUUGCUGGGACUGUGCCUCCUGGCACGCUCUGCCUCCCCCGCCUCCCCUCACGGUGCCGCCAACCCCUUUGCUGGGCAACAGAUACCCCCAGAUCCCUGCUACGAUGACGCAGGCGCCGCCCGCCGUUGCAUCCCCGAGUUCAUCAACGCCGCCUUUGGCAAGGAGGUGGCCGUGUCCAGUGUGUGCGGCUGGCCGACGUCGUCGCGCUCUUGUAGCAUGGUGGAGCACGGUGAGGAGCGGCCUUCAGUGCGCACCUGCCAGAUCUGCGACGCAGCGGACCCAUGGCGUGCCCGCCCGCCCUCCUACCUCACCGACCUCAACUCGGCCCACAACCUCACCUGCUGGCAGUCGGAGAAUCUGCACACCUCGCCAAACAACGUCAACCUCACCCUGUCGCUGGGAAAGAAGUUUGAGAUCACCUACGUCAGCUUGCAGUUCUGCUCGCCCCGCCCAGAGUCAUUGGCAAUCUACAAGAGCAUGGACUACGGCAAGAGCUGGACUCCUUACCAGUACUAUUCUUCCCAGUGCCGGCGCAUGUACAACCGGCCUAACAAGGCGGCCAUCACAAAGCAGAAUGAGCAGGAGGCCCUUUGUACCGAUGGCCACACUGACCUCUACCCACUUUCCGGAGGGCUCAUUGCCUUCAGCACUCUGGACGGGCGGCCCUCCGGGAAAGACUUUGACAACAGCCCUGUGCUCCAGGACUGGGUAUCAGUCACCGACAUCCGUGUGGUCUUCAGUCGGCCCCAGCUGCCCCGCGAAAUAGGGACAGGAGAAGGGGCGGGGAUAGGCGGGGGCCAGCCGGACGAGGACCCAAUGGCACCGUCCGCGUCUCUGCCGGCGUACUUCUACGCGGUGGGGGACUUCCAGGUGGGCGGGAGGUGUAAGUGCAACGGGCACGCCUCACGCUGCCUCAAGGACAAGGAGGGCAAGCUGGUGUGCGACUGUAAACACAACACGGAGGGGCCCGAGUGCGACCUCUGCAAGCCCUUCCACUGCGACCGGCCGUGGCAGAGGGCCAGCACCCGUGAGGCCAACGAGUGUUUACUGCUGCUGGAGCGUACCGGUGUAGUGCUGCUGGAGUGUACCGGAGUAGUGCUGCUGGAGCGUACCGGAGUAGUGCUGCUGGAGCGUACCGGUGUAGUGCUGCUGGAGUGUACCGGAGUAGUGCUGCUGGAGCGUACCGGAGUAGUGCUGCUGGAGCGUACCGGAGUAGUGCUGCUGGAGCGUACCGGAGUAGUGCUGCUGGAGCGUACCAGAGUAGUGCUGCUGGAGUGUACCGGUGUAGUGCUGCUGGAGUGUACCAGAGUAGUGCUGCUGGAGUGUACCGGUGUAGUGCUGCUGGAGUGUACCGGUGUAGUGCUGCUGGAGCGUACCGGAGUAGUGCUGCUGGAGCGUACCGGUGUAGUGCUGCUGGAGCGUACCGGACUAGUGCUGCUGGAGCGUACCGGACUAGUGCUGCUGUAG